GGGUUCAAGAAAAAAGGGAAAAAGGAAGAUUAUUUGCGGCACCAAAAGUUACAGGUCCUCAACACCAGCAUUUCAUCUACUUCUCCCGUGCUCAGCCGCAUGAUCCGCCACUCCUCCUCCAUUGUAGUGGUCCUAUGUUUCUGGAGUAGGGAAAUCAUUCCUGAAAUCUAGACCUAAAAUCUAGAGAGCCAAACGGAGCAGGGGAGAAAACAAGAGGUCUAGAUUUCUGCUCAGGAACAACCUGCCAACUACUACUUUACUAGACAAAUCCUAUAUUGAGGCGGAGAUAUAGAGACAAAGAGAGAGAGAGAGAGUAAGAGAGAGAGAGAGAAAGACAGCAAGAAAGAUAGAGAUAGAAAGAGAGGGGAAAUGGAGUCGAUUUCCGAGCUAGGGAGAUCGGUUGAGUCGGUGUUGGGAGUGUCGAUAGGGAAUGAUACAGUGGUGGCGUUGCUCACGACGUCGUUAGCCAUCCUCAUAGGGUUGCUCGUAUAUAUAUGGAAGAGAUCGGGCGAUCGGAGUAAGGAGGCGAAGCCUUUGUUCGUCCACAAGACAGUGGAAGCCGAGCCUGAGGAGGACGCCGUAGCUGACCCUGGCAAAAUUAAGGUCACCGUGUUCUUUGGAACUCAGACGGGAACUGCAGAGGGCUUUGCCAAGUCUUUGGCUGAGGAGAUAAAGGCAAGGUAUGAGAAGGCUGUUGUGAAAGUUGUUGACUUGGAUGAUUAUGCUGCCGACGAUGAUCAGUAUGAAGAUAAAUUAAAGAAAGAAACAUUAUCAAUUUUCAUGGUUGCAACAUAUGGGGAUGGAGAGCCAACUGAUAAUGCUGCAAGGUUUUACAAAUGGUUUACUGAGGGACAAGAAAGGGGUCUCUGGCUGCAACACCUCACGUAUGGUAUAUUUGCUCUGGGAAACCGCCAAUACGAGCAUUUUAACAAGAUUGGCAAGGUCUUAGAUGAACAGCUAAGCGAACAAGGUGCAAAGCGCCUUGUUCCAGUUGGCCUUGGUGAUGAUGAUCAGAGCAUCGAGGAUGAUUUUGCUACCUGGAGAGAACUAUUAUGGCCGGAGUUGGACACAAUACUUAAGAAUGAGGAUGAUGUUAAGUCUCCAUCUACACCAUAUACUGCUGCAAUCCCUGAAUAUCGUGUGGUGGUUUAUGAUCCUGCCACUAGAACUCAUGAGGAUAAGCAAGCUAACAUGGCAAAUGGAAAUGCUGUAUAUGAUGUGCACCAUCCGUGCAAAGUUAAUGUUGCUGUUAAAAGAGAGCUUCAUACACCUGAGUCAGAUCGUUCAUGCAUACACUUAGAAUUUGAUAUUUCUGGCAGUGGCAUAGCAUACGAAACAGGAGACCAUGUGGGCGUCUAUGCAGAAAAUUGUGAAGAUACUGUUGAGGAAGCAGCAAAGUUGUUGGGUCAGCCUCUGGAGUUAUUAUUUUCUAUUCAUGUGGACAAAGAAGAUGGUUCACUACUCGGAGGGUCAUUACAGCCACCUUUCCCUGGUCCUUGCACCCUUAAAGAAGCUCUAGCUCGUUAUGCAGAUCUGUUGAAUCCUCCUCGAAAGGCUACACUGGUUGCAUUAGCUGCUCAUGCCGCUGAACCUAGUGAAGCAGAAAGGCUUAGAUUUUUGGUGUCACCUCAGGGCAAGGAUGAAUACUCACAAUGGGUUGUUGCAAGUCAAAGAAGUCUCCUUGAGGUCAUGGCCGAGUUUCCUUCUGCAAAACCCCCCCUUGGUGUAUUUUUUGCUGCAGUUGCCCCUCGCUUACAGCCUCGCUAUUAUUCUAUCUCUUCUUCCCCCAAAUUUGCUCCAGAAAGAGUCCAUGUGACAUGUGCUUUAGUUCAUGGUCCAACCCCCACUGGCAGGAUUCACAGAGGAGUGUGUUCAACAUGGAUGAAGAAUGCUAUUCCAUUGGAGAAAAGCAAGGACUGCAGUUCAGCAGCUCCUAUUUACAUCAGAUCAUCAAAUUUUAAAUUACCAGCUGACCCUUCAGUUCCAAUUAUCAUGGUUGGACCUGGUACAGGUUUGGCACCAUUUAGGGGAUUUUUACAGGAAAGAGCUUCCCUAAAAGAAAAUGGCGCUCAACUUGGUCAAGCUCUGUUGUUUUUUGGUUGUAGAAAUCAAAGAAUGGAUUUUAUUUAUGAGGAGGAACUCAGACAUUUUGAAAGGCAAGGGAUAAUCUCAGAGCUAAUUGUUGCAUUUUCUAGGGAAGGGCCACAGAAAGAGUAUGUUCAACACAAGAUGGCUGAACGAGCAUCCCAACUAUGGAGUUUGAUAUCCCAGGGGGGAUAUCUAUAUGUAUGUGGUGAUGCCAAAGGAAUGGCUAGAGAUGUUCAUCGCAUACUGCAUACCAUUGUGCAGGAUCAGGAAAAGGUAAUUUCAUCUAAAGCAGAGGCCAUUGUGAAAAAUCUCCAAAUGGAAGGGAGGUAUCUCAGGGAUGUAUGGUGAUCCUUAUGAUUGCCCCUUGACGCAGUCAGUGUCUGCACUGGGUUAUUUCUUUUCAUCAAUUCAAAUACAGAAAGCUUAUAUGACAAGAUCUGUCCGCUUUGCUCUCCCUCGUGGCUUCCAAGGUUGAACAACCCGAGCUCGUGAGAUACAAGGGCAGUCUUGAUUGCAGCAUUUACAUAAGUUUCUUGGGCUUAUUUUCUUCUUUUUCUAUUAGAACUGAAAUUUAUUUAUAAACCGUUGUAUUUCUAGAGAUCAUUCGGAUCUAUUAUGAGUAACUUUAUUGAAAGCUGUUGUAAUUUUAUUUCUUUUGAAUAAGUCAUAAUAAUAAUAAUUUUGAAAGAGAACGUUUACAUUAAAAUAACAAAACUAGACAACCAAA